AUGGCCAUGCCUCCUGACGGUCACUCUUUCACAUCGCCAUCACCUAUGGCGAGUGAGCAAAUUCGCAAACGACGGAUCGGAGACGAUUUCUCGCAAAAAGAUCACCCCGCAAAGAAGCGUAAAUCGACAAGUGCUCAAGUUCUCGCUCCCAAAUUCCCCCCGGCUUUCUACGACGAACUAUCCGAGAUACCCCUAACUCUGGACGUCCUGCUGGAGUUGGAUCAGAGGAACGACGCACGAUCAAAUACAGAAAAACGAACCAGCUCCGUGGAUUUACUGCCCAAGGACCUCUCUCGAUAUUCAAGGCGCGGUGGCCCCGAUACGCAGCACCUGAGAGACCAAGACACGAAACACUUCAACUAUGGAAAAUACCCGGUCGAGUUCAAGAAGUCGACAGACGCACUCAACGACAGCGACUAG